AUGACUAGUCGUGAAGGAUUAAAUCGAACUCGUUUACGACAAACAAAUCCAAAUGUUGAUCAAGUAUUAACACCAUUAGGACGAAUAUCAUCGACAGUUCCUUCAAUUCCACCUUCAACAAAUCUUAGUUCAAUAUCAUCAACAACAGUUGUACAAAUAUCUGGUAAUGUUCGUGCUGGACGUCGUAAUAAUCCAACAAAUAAUAUUCUUGAAACUGAUUCAAAUUCAAUUAAUGAUAUUGUUACAUUUGAUACAACAUUAUCAACACCAUUAAUAACAUUCGAUGCUGAACAAUUUCGUUCGGAAAUAAAAGCUAAUCGGGAUGAUGAAAAACGUUUAGAACAAUUAGUACUCAAUGCAAUAAAUUAUUUAAUAAUAACAUCAAAACGUUCAACACAACAAAUAGCUGAUUAUACUGUUUUACCAUUUCUUGCAUGGACUGUAUCAUUACAUGGAGAAAUUUUUCGAUUAUCAUCUGUAUUAAAAGCUAUGUGUAAUUUACUUAAAGGAUCAAUAUUAACAAAAACAAUGAAAACAUUUCCAACAAUAAAUAAUGGAAAUAAUUUAGGAUUAACGACAACUCCUUAUACACUUGUUUGUCAUAUACUUUGGCUUGCUUUUAAAGAUCAAACUCAUUGGCCUGAUGAAUUCAUCGAAGUCUAUGUUGAAGAUGCAUUAGGUGAACAAAAUUGGAUAAAAAAUUCUGAUUGUCGAUUAUUUGUUUCAAAUAUUCAAACAGCUUUUAAUACACGUCCAUGUACAUGGAAAUUAGAUCGAUCAAAAAUUUAUCCAACUAUUUCAAGUUCUAAUACACCAACAGCAACAACAACAACAACAGCACAAAUAUUAUCAACAUUAAAUGAUGAUACAAGUAAUGAUAGUAAUAAUAUUAAUGAAUCAUUAUCAUUAACAACAACUGAAUCAGAAUCAUCAAUACAAACAAUGGAUGAUUCAAUUCUUAAUAAUAAUAAUAAUAAUACUAAUAAUAAUACAGAUAAUCAAUUAAUUAUUUCACGUUAUGAAGGACGUACUCAAGCUAUACAAAAUUUAUUACAAACAUUAUUAACAACAAAUGCUAAAAUAAAAUCUACAAGUGGAAAUUCAACAAAUUUAAAUCCUACAAAUACAUCAACAACAUCAUCAACAAGUACAAGUCAACCACAUGAAACAGAUAAAUUACUUUAUUUACUUGAAUAUUUAUGUGGUCUACCUGAUAUACGUUUAUAUAUAUUAUCAAGACUUGAUAUAUGGUUACAAAAUCCCAAAUUAUAUCGUACAGCUGAAAAAUUAAUGAUAAUAUUAUGUGAAAAUUUAACUAAACCACCACCACCAUCAUCAUCAUCAGCAACAACAACAAAUAAUACUAAUAAUCAUUUAUUAACAAAUGGACAUAUAAUAAAUAAUGAUAUAUCAUAUAUAGAUGAACGUGCUAUUGAACAAUUAGUUAAUUUACGUUUUAAAGUACGUGCAUCAAAUGCAACAAGUAAAAUGUAUAUAUUAUGUAUACGUGAAAUGUUAAAAAUUGAUGCUAAUCUUGUUGAUAUAAUUGUACGUUUUAUUGUUCAUAAUGAAUUACAACAACCAAUAUCAAAUUCAUUAACAACAACAAUAACAAGUAAAAAUCCAAAUAAUUUAUCAUUACUUCAUGCUUGUUGUCAAUCACAACCUGAACAUACAUGUCAAUCAUUAGCAUAUACAAUACAAAAUAUUCUUCUUUUAACUAAUGUUACAACAACAUCAAAAGAUUAUGAUAAUUUAUUAAAAUUAAUACGACCAUUUAUACGUGAUCUUAUGCGUUAUGCUAAAAAUGAUUUUGAUACAAUGCGUUUUUGUAUGUAUUUAAUUGAUAUGCAUUAUUCAAAUAAUUUACAACAACAAUUUUGGACUAUGAUUCAACAACAAGAUCCUCCAAGUAAUGAUAUAACAUCACAUCGUUUAUUAAAACGUUUAUUAGAAUGUGAUAUGUCAACACGUGAACGUUUUCUUUAUGCUAUAUGUGAUCUUAUUCCAAUGAUAAUAUUAGCAUCAGCUCAAGCAUUUAAUUCAAUAAACAAUACAACAAAUACAAAUUUAAUAACAACACGUACAUCAAUAACAAAUAAUAAUGAACAAUGGUUAUUAUUUAUACAACGUAUAUCAUAUAUACAAUGUAGUUCAUGUUUAUUUUUUCUUUAUACAUUACCACGUUUAUUUGAUUCAACAUCAACAAUAAAUCCAAUAAAUUAUGUUACAUGUUUAUAUAGUAUAUUAUUUACAGCACAAGUUAAUUCAUAUUUACGUAUUGAAAAUUGGCCACCUGAAGAACCAAUAGGUUUACGUAAUGAUUUAUUUCGUUUAUCAUCAGAAAUUCCAUUACUUGGUGAAACAUUAUAUUUAAUAAUACAAAUUGGUUUAACAACACAAUUUCGUAUAAAUCCAUCAAUUAUUGUUGAUUUAAUUGAUCUUAUUGUACGACGUACAUUAAAUGUUGAACAAAAAAUGUCAAAUGAUUAUAUAUCAAUAUAUCUUCGUAUACCUGAAAAUCGUUGUGAAAUAUUUUUAAAAAAAUUUUUUGAUUUAACACGUUAUCAUAUACCAAUACAAAUACAAUUUCCAUUAACAUAUCAAAUACCAAAAAAUUUAUUUAUAACAGAUAUUUUUUGGAAAACAUGUUUAAUAUGUUUAUUAUUAGCAUCACAUGAUCCACAUAUAUUUGGUCGUUUUAUAUGGUUAUCUGUACCACAAAUACGUUUAUUUAUGGAAAUGUUAUUAACUGGUGAUUAUACAUAUCCACCUAAAUCAAUGAUUGAAACAAAAGAUUAUCUUGAAAAAUUUUAUAUGAAUGAACGUAUACAAUUACGUGAAGAAAAAGAUACAAUAUUAGAAUUAGAAAAAUAUUUAGCAUCACCUAAAAUUAUUGAUGAAACAAAUAGUCAAUUAUUAGGUAAAAUUAUUUUAUUAGAUUUUCAACAAAUAAAACGACCAUCAAGUCAUGAUAAAAACGAAAAAAAUUUUUAUAAUCUUAUACAAGGUUUUAAUAAUUUAUAUAAAUUAUCAUCAAUGUUAUGUCGUUGUCGUUCACCAGAUUUUAUUUUAAAUAUAUUAAAUAGAAAAGAACAACAAAAUAAAAAUAUAUUCGAUUCUCAAACAUCAUGGUUAACUAGUUUAAUUGAUUCAAAUAUUGAUUGUUUAAAUGUUUUUCCAAUUAUUUGUUUAUGUGAUUAUUUUCAACAUAUGAUUAUGAUUUAUAAUAAUAAAAAUAAUAUUAAUACACCAUCGAAAAAAACUUUACAUGCACUUGAAACUAUUUUAAUUAGAUUUAAAUCAAUUAUUAAAUCGGUUAAACAACAAAUUUUAUCUAAUACACAGAAAUCUUCUUCAAAUUCAUCUCAAAUCGAUGAUAUGACAUGUAUAUUAAAUUAUUUUUUCAAUUGUCUCAAUUCAAAUAUAUCAACAAUGCGUUCAAAUGCAUGGUUAUGUUUAUAUAUAAUUUUAAAUGAUAAUCAUCAAAUACAAAAUAUUGAAAAUCUUCUAUCAAAAUAUGAUCAAUUACCUGAAACAUAUAUUGAAUUAAUUCUAUCAACAAUAACACAAUUUAAAUCUUUAGAACAAACACAAUUAUUAGUUAAACAAACAUUAUCUGAAACAUGUCAAUUUGAAACAAAUAUUUAUUUUUUACAUUAUUCAAUUAUAUUUAUUAUUGAUAAUUGUCAUAUUGAUUCAAAUAAUGAUAUUAUUUUAUUAUCAAAUAUAGCACGUGCAUUAAAUCGUCGACAUUCAAUACUUUAUUUACUUAUACAAUAUGAUAAACAAGAAAAAAAUUUAAAAUUAAUUGAAAAUUUUUUUCAUUUUAUAACAAUUAUGUUAAUUAAAAAAAUUCAAUAUUCAUUAAAACAUCCUAUUGAUAUAAAUCACGAUGAGAAUUAUGAUGAACAAUUUUUAACUAAUAUGCAAACAUAUUUAAUUUUACCUAAUUUAAAUCAUGAACAAAUAAAUACAAUUAAACAAUUACAAAUUUCUAUGAAUAUUAAUGAUGAUUAUCAAUGGAUAACUAAUAUGAAUAAACAAUAUAUACAAAUUGAUACAAUACUUAUUGAAUUAUUAUUAAUUUUUUUAGCUUAUUUUGAUUUUAAUAAUACAAUUAAUAAAACAUUAAAUAAUUUAGCUAAUUUACUUCAACAAUUUUUUCUUAAUACAAAUUCUACACCUUGUUUUACAACACUUAAACAAUUUAAUCCACCAAUACCUGUUAAACAAACGCAAGAAGAGACUCCAUCAAUUGAUGAUAGUGAAGGAAGUCAUUUUAAACAAUUUGCUAUAGAUGAUAUUGAUCCACCAGAAACAAAUCGUAAACGACGUUUAUCACAUUCAACAUUAACUGAAAAAGUUUUUAUAACAUCUUCAACAAAAACAAUUUAUCGUAUUGUUUCAAUAAAUAAUGAAAAUGAACAAUCAUUAUUUCUUUCCGAUGAUUUACAAUAUUUUAUAUUUAAAUCAAAUAAUUUUUCAUUAGUUAAACAAUGUAUUAAUCAAGCAUCUUUAUUAACAUGUUUAAAAAUGUUUAAAAUAUCUGUUCAAUCACAUGAAAAUAUUAAUUAUUUAUGUCAACGUUUAAAUCAAUUAAUUGAUUUAUCAUCAAAACAAAUUCAUACAUAUAUUAAACAAUCAUCAUUUAUACUUCCUUUAAUUAAUAGAUGGAUUAUUGAACAAUUACCAGAAGCUAUUAAACUUGGAGAAAAAUUAAAAAAAUUAUCAGAAAAAAAGAAAAAAUCUCAUAGUGUAUCGCAUGAUUCUAAUCAACAAUUAUCUGAUGCAAAAGUUUAUUUAAUACCAACAAGUUCCCGUAUAUCAUCAUCAAUAUCCGAUCAAAUUCAUUCGUUUAAUAAUCGUAUAAAUGAUUUAUGUACUAAAAAAUCUUCUUAUGAAAUUUCUAAUGAAAAUCAAAUGGAUAUGUCUGAUAUAAAUUUCAAUAUUCCAUGGAAAAAUUUAGAUGAAUGUGAAGAAUUACUUAAAUAUAUAAUUGAUAAAAAAACUUUAUCUAUAAAACGUCGUCAAUUACUUAUACAAAUACAACGAUUAACAAAUCGAUCUGAUGAAUAUCGUUAUCAAUUAUGUCAAACAAUAUUAAAAUGUUGUUUGUCAACAUCUAAAGAAGAAUUUUUUAAUAAUCUUCAUGAACAAUUUAAUAGUUCAUUUGUUUUAUUAAGUAUAUUAAUAAAAAAUAAAUAUUUCAAUGAUGAUUAUAUUAAAUUAUUAAAUCUAUUAGAAAACAAUGAUAAUAAUUCUAAUAAAAAUAUAUUUCAAUUAAAAAUCAAACAAUUAAAACGUAUGAUUAAUCAAUAUGAAGAAUUAAAAUUAACAACAAAACAAAAUCGAAAUUUAUUAACAAAUGAACAAAUUAAAAAAAAUUUAACUAUUGAUCAUAUGUUAAAUAUUUUAAGUAAUUAUAAUUCAUUAAAUGAUUGUAGAAUUGAAAGACAAUUUUAUAAAUAUUUUAUAUUAAAUAAUCAAUAUGAAGAUGAAUGUAAACAUUUAUUAAUGAAUGUACUUGUUGAAGCUGAAUAUAAAUUAUCCGAACCAACUAUUGGAAUGAUUUUAGAUCAAUUAGAAAAAAUGGAUUAUAAAUCUUCAAGAUCAUCGAAUAGUUCAAUAUAUGCAAGUCAUCAAUUAUUUUUUCAACGAACAGAUUCAUCAAUAUCUCAACGUUUAUUAUUAAAACAAUUUCUUCAUUCAUGUGAUUGGUCAACAAUUCUUAGUUGUAUAUAUGAUCUUCUAACAUUAAAUUCGACAAAUUCAUAUAUACGUUUAUCAAUAAAUCAUAUAAAUAUUAAUCAUCAUAAUCGUUUAAUACCAACACAUACAUUAAAACAAUCUCAAUGUUCAUUAUUAAAUCAUCGUGAUAGUACAUUAAUACUUGAUAUGUUAGAAGCAUUUAUAAAAUUAUCACCAUUAUGGUCUGGUAGAGAAUUUAAAAUGCUUGAACGUUGUCAUGAUGAAUUAUUAAUUAAUUUAAAUGAUCAACAUAUAUAUACAUUAAUUAUUUAUAUACUUGAUGAAGGUUAUCGUCGUUAUAUAUCAAAUGAAAAUCUUUAUGAACAAUAUCAAAAACGUUAUGAAACAAUAUUAUAUUAUUUAAUAAAAAAUUCUGAAAAAAAAAUUUUAUUUCAAAAUUGUUUAGAAAAAAUUUUUAUUGAUUUUGAUACAAUAUUAUGGAUAAAAGAUAUAUUAACAUCAUUUUAUUUAAUUAUAUAUAUAAAUCAAUCAGAUUUAUUUAAUGAAAAAUUUUAUUUAAUAUUACCAAAUUUAUUUUCUGAAUUAAAACAACAAUAUAAACAAAUUAAUUUUAUUAAUACAAAUUAUGAUUAUAUUAUACAUGAUUUAUUAAUACGUUUAAAUAGUUAUGAUUUAAUAUCGAUUGAAAAUUUUUAUGAAAUAAAUCUUUUAUUAAAACAAUAUGUAUCAAAAUAUCCAAUAUUAUUUUUACGUCAUUUAAAUAUAAUUAAAUUAGAUUUACAAUCACGUUUAUCAACAUUAACAAUUGAAGAAUUUAAUCGAAGAAAUUCAAGACAACGUACAUUUUUUCUUUCAUUAUUUGAUUUAAUUUAUCGUUUAAAACCAUAUAUAUAUGAUAAUAUAUAUGAAAAUGAUUUUCAAUAUAUUAUUGAUAUAUAUAUACGUUUAAUACAAACACAUUCAAAUAUAUUAAAUACAUGUACGAAACAAAAUAUAUUAAUAUUCAUUUCUAUACAUGAUUUAGUUUAUUUAAUUGAUAAAUUAUUAAAUUUAAUUUAUAAUUAUUUAUAUUCAACAAUACAUAAUAAUCAACAUAGAUCAUUAUUUAAAAUAUAUAAUAAUAAAUUUUUUGAAAAAAUUCAUGAAAAAAUACAAAUUAAUAAAGAAUUUUAUCAAUAUUUAAUGUCAAAUAAACAUAAUCUUAUUUUAUAUCAUCUUAAACAAUUAAAAAUACUUUAUGAAUCUAUUAGAAAUGAUGAUAUUACAGAUUCUACAAAUACGAUAUCCAAUGAAAUAAUUCCAUUUAAUGUUCGUCUUUGUUUGGUCGAUCGUUCAUUAUCCGAUAAUAAUUCUCAAAAACCAUCAUCAUCAUCCGAUUCUUCAAUACGUCAUAAAUUUCUUGAUAUACAAUAUUAUCGUAUGAAAUUGUCAAUGUCAAUUGAUGAAUAUACAUCAUCAAUUAUAAUUGAUGAUAUAUUAUUAACAUUAAAUGAAUUAAAAUCUCAUAUAGAUGAUGAUCUUUCAAUAGAUCAUAUUGUGUUAUUACGUGAUUCAUUAACAAAUUAUCUUUUAAAUGGUAAUAAACAAUUAAUUGAACAAACAUAUGAAUUUAUAUUAAAAUAUAUUGAAAAAUAUCCUCAACAUUCAUCAAUAUUCUAUUCAACAUAUAUUAAAUGUAUAUUAUCAAGAAAUUUAAUUGUUUUUCAAAUGGCUAUUGAACAUUUUUCACAUUUUAUUAUUUAUUUUCAAUCAAAAACUAAUGAACUUUUUUAUAUUAUACUUAAACAAGGUCUUAUUAAUAAAAUUGAUGUUACCCAAUCUAUAACACAAGCUAUACGUUUACUUAAUCUUCAUCGUUAUGAUCCAAUAACAUAUACUAAUUUAACAUCGACAAUACCAUCAAAAAUAGCACCAACGACAACGAUGGCGACGACAACAACUACGACUACAAAUGAUUGA